CAAACCCGCUUGCUUUAACCCCAAUUUUCCUUUUUUUUGUUUUGCAGCGCUUCGUGUGCGCAGUGCGCUAGCUAUUCGAAGCGUGCUCUCGCUGGUCGCCGCUGCUCCACCACCUCCUCCCCCCUCCCGCGACUUAGGGUUUCGCGGCAGCGGCGGCGGCGUUGGCGAAGUCAGGCGGCCUCGGAUCUACGGCUCCGUUGAGAUGAAAAGCAAAUGCAGUAUGGUCUUUUGAUUUUCUACUGGAAGAUCGGACGAUGUGUUGCCAGGCUGGACACCUUUGACAUUCUGAGACAGUCUCAGAUAGAUUGACAAGAAUACUUUUGGAUAAGGGAAGGGAGAUUGUGCACCUGGAACUAAUUCUUUGUUGGACUAAUAAAGAAAGGUUGGAAUGACUGGCGAACCUAGGAAAGAGCGGUCCAAGUGGGAUUCAAAAGGACCUCCUGAUAUAGUUGAGAUCAGUGAAGAUGAGUCUCUUCCUAUGAAUAUGGAUGAUCAUCGUAAAGGUGGUGAUUCGCUCCCUAAUCAGGAUUUCUCUCAUGGUAAUGACAAUCAAAUUGGUGAGGCUGAUGGACUCAACAAAGAUAUCAAAGAAAGGCCAUCCAAGGCAUCCUCUGAAAGACUGCCUCUUAGAAUGGGUGAUGAGGAUCAUAACAAAAAUGGCUGGCACAACAGAGGCUUUGAAAAGGCAGGCAGAUAUGCAGAUGACAGAAAGCGUGGUGAUGGGUGGGGUACAGCUCUUAGCCGUGGUUAUUCUUCUAGGAUGUCAUCUGGUCCAGAUGUGUGGAAGCAGCGCAGUCGCAGUCCACUAUCUCCGAGAGGUGGUUGGAACAGGUCACGCAGGAACAGAAGCCGCUCUAGAAGUAGAAGCAGAAGCAGGAGCAGGAGCAUAGGGAGAGGUAGAGGCACAAGCAGAAGCAGAAGUCCUUACUUCACUGACCGUGGAUCUGAGUGGAGGGCUGAGAGAGGCAGAGCACCUGGAGGACCUGCUCUUCCCUGUAGAGAUUUUGUAGCUGGUAGAUGCAGAAGAGGCUCGAAUUGCAGGUUACCUCAUGAAGAUGGUGUGCGCAGGCAGUUUGAUGAGCAUUAUCCUGUAGACUCAAGGGAAAGGUAUGGGCAUCAGAAUAGGGAAUUCAUGGAUUCACGAGAACAGGAUGAUUAUUUAAGGAGUAGGCCAUCUCGAGGUGGCCAUUAUGAUGAAGGGACCUGGGAAAGACCUGAACCCCCUCGAAGGGACUAUCGGUCUACAAUGCAGUGCCAUGAUUUUGUCAAAGGAAGAUGCAGCAGGGGUGCAAAUUGCCGAUACAUUCAUGAUGAUUCCACUUCUCAUGUUGGAUGGAGAGAUGAGGUUAGAGGGAGUGCUAUUGGUAGAGGUGGCCCUGAUUCAUCGUAUGGGAGCAGGACCGAGCACCGUAGGACAAAUAAGAACCCCUGUAAAUUUUUUGCUGAUGGUCGAUGUCGUCGCGGCCAAAAUUGCCCAUAUCUGCAUGAGGAAGCUUCGCAGAGCCAAAUGGGACUGGGUGCACCUGAUGAGCCUUUGGGUUACACUGGUGGGCCUACAACAAGAGGAAAUUACUCAAACUGGAGUGAACAAAAUAAUGCUGUGCAAGCAAGUUCUCAUAUUUUGUCCAGAGAUGACAGAGAAAACCCUGUUCCUCAGAGUACCGGCAGAAGUGAUUCUCGAUAUGAGAACAAAAACCGGCAUUCCAAAGAUGCUGGAAGUAGUCAGUACCAAAUAUUUCCUCAGGAAGGUUUUGGUUCACUAGAGCAAAACAAACCUGAAACAGCUGCUUCACAACCGUCGCAAUUCUUACCAUCUGUCCAAACAGGUGCAGAGAGCAUAAAUAUUGACAAGGUAUCUGACAUGGGUGGUCAGAGUGGACCUGGAAAAGUUGGCAAUUUGAGUAUGCAAAUUAGGAUGCACUCUGCUAAUCCUGUAGGAGGACAAAACUUGGGGGAAAAGGCAGAUAUCCAAGAUGCAAUUCCUCAAAUUUCUGCUGCACUAUCUCUUCCAGUCACCACCCAAUUGCAAAAUAUUGCAUCCUCAGUGACUUUGAAUGGCCAGCAAAGUGACUUUUCAUUACAUUCAAACAGACAGGAUCAGUUUGUGGUUCCUCAUGCAACUAUAAACAACUCUGCUCCUAGCAUGCAGAGCCAGCCAGUUGCUCCUUAUAUGGGGCAAAGCCAACAGGGCUACAUUAUGGGGGCACAAACAUCGCAAGAUCUCUCUGCUCGUAAUGGACAGAUUUUCAAUGUUGUUGGCCAAGUUCCGCAGAAUCUUCCAACAAUUGUGCAUGCUGGGCAGAGUCAGGGAACAAGUGAUACACCCAACCCAGGGCGAGAUAGUGGUGAUCAAAGCUUGCACAAUACACAUAAUUUCCAGCCUGUUGCUCCAAAUGAGCAAACUCAGAGUCAAACCUUGCAAGGGUUGUCAGUGGUUGCCAGUUCCAGCUUAGUUGAUAUGGCUGGAGCUCCUCUUUCACAGAAUGCAGUGUCAAGUUUGACUGCAUCUUUGGCGCAGUACUUUGCUCCUUCUCUGACAGCUGAUACCACUGGGCUGCAGUCGUCUCAGCCUAAUCCAAAUUCAAGCUUGAUGACCAAUUCAUCUGCUGCACCUCAAGCGGUUCAACCUAAUCACUGGCCUUGGUUACAACAAGCAGGAAUGAUUCAACCCCCACAUCUUGUUCCAUCUGAACAGCCAGCGUCCCAGAUAUUUCAGGCACCAAUGGCUGCUGGUAGUAGUAAUGGCAACCCUCUGGUUUUACCCCAUUCGGUUGCACCGACUGGUCCUGCAGCUGUCUUGGCCAAUGAAAUUGCACCUGCAGAAAAUAAGAAAGAAGAACCCAAAGACACUGAUGCUGAGGCUCAUGAAGAUGGUGAGAACAAGAAGAGCAAGGAUUCCAAGGCGCUGAAGAUGUUUAAGCUUGCACUGGCUGAUUUUGUGAAGGAUGCACUUAAGCCUACUUGGAAAGAGGGUCAAAUGAGCAGAGAUAUUCAUAAAACAAUUGUGAAGAAGGUUGUCGACAAAGUUACAACCACAGUUGAAAAUACUCCUCAAACAAAAGAGAAGAUUGAUAUUUACAUGUCCUACUCCAGAGAAAAGCUAAACAAGCUCGUACAGGCAUAUGUUGGCAAGUAUGUCAAGAAAGAUUGAUGGCAUCGUGCCUUCCUGCCUUUGUGUUAGAAAGAUUGAAGCAGCCUUAGCUGUCCCUAAGUUUUAGGAUUCUUUUUUUUGGGCUUUAAAAACUAGUUUAGGAUCCUGUAAUUUAGGGGAUUUAUUUAAAAUAACAAACAUAUAUUUCUUGGUCUUCCCUAUUUCUAUGAUCACUAUGGUGGUUUGACAAGUAGUAUUGCUGGUUCUAGCGACUGAACCAAAUGUCACCUCAGUGUAACUUUUGUAGAAUACUCAUCUGAAUUCAUGGGGCCUUCUGUUUGAGAUUAUGCAAGCUGUGGAUCAUAUGUACGAUCGUGUGGCUGAG